UUGACACGGGUCUUGCCCGUGUUGAGAUUGCGCUGGAACCCCCAUUCCCUAUACUACUUUCGUUAUCAUAGGAAAACAAAAUCAAUGGCAACAGGUUAGCACAAAUGAAUGAGAAAGACCUUGAAAAUCUUGGUAUUCCAAAGGGUCCACGGUUAAAGUUGUUACAUGCGAUUCACGGUACUCGUUCGUCAACAUGGCCAACAAUGAGUAACACCUUCUCAAGUCCUGGUAAUGGGUAUAUCAAGACGGUGGACCACCAAUCAAACAUCGCCUCACAACCCAGCAACAAAGUGAAGCCAUGCCCAAGCAUCCUGGAAAACCACAACCACGUGCACGCCCAUACUGAACCAGGCUUGACACCCUUGGCUCUCAAAAAAGCUGUCCAAAAACAAGACUUUGAGCAACGGCAACACCAGCAAAUAACCCAUAGUAACCAUGGAAACCAACCCUUGUUGUCGCUUAUGUCACCAGGUCGAGGAGUCCACCAAUCGUCGCACAGCACCCAUCAGAAUCAAAAUCACAACGAGUAUGGUGGAGGGCUGCCGCCGAGGCCUCACUCGGCGUCCGGGAACCUUAGUAGUGCCCAGGUCUUUCCGGCCAACUCGUCCAACCACGUUGAACAGUUCCCAUUUGGGGCUCAACAGGGACCAUACGUAAACCACGUGACCUACGCCCAACAAGUCUACUACCCAGGGGGUUACUAUUAUUACUACCCACAACAAUAGAUCAUCUCCUUCCUCACCCUUGGAGACUACCUUUGAUAUUCUUCCCCCACCCCUACCCCACCCUAGAUUCGUCUUUGGUUAUUUCAUGCCCUACUUAAUUUAUUGAUUCUUAGAUCAAUCGCCUGAAGGUAAUUUGUGUUGAUGUCAUUCUGGAUUAGAUGGGAUUUGAUUGAUUGUCGGCAAGUUUGUUCUGGAUCACGAGGGAGCACUUCGCGUUAUCGAGCCUGUUAUUGUUAAACGAGUCCAAUUUGUCCCGAGUUUCUCAUUAAAAGGCGAUCGAUUCACAUCACAUUA